AUAUAAGCUGACUGAGUCUGAAUGAAGGACACUUCACCCAGAACUCCAGAUUCUUCAGACUCUCCAAGUCCAUUCCAUAACCAUCCAGAACUCCAGAUUCUUCAGACUCUCCAAGUCCACUCCAGAACCAGCCUAACCAUGAGCAGAAACUACAUGUCCAAGUUCGAUGAGCUCCGCAAGGGAGACUACAUCAUGUCCAACAACCAUGAGUGGAAGGCUGUCUUCCAGGAGGACGGUAACUUCAUCAUCUACGGCUGGAAGCCCAUGUGGAACUCAGACACCGCCGGCCAGCGCGACGCCUGGCGCCUGUGCAUGCAGGACGACUGCAACCUGGUGAUGUACAAGAGGGACAACAAGAUGAUGUGGCAGACAAAGAGCCAGGCAUCCGGGGGCUUCAAGAUGUGUCACCUGCACCUGCGCAAUGACGGGACCAUGGUGGUGGAGAGGGACGGAGAGGAGGUGUGGUCCUCCGCCCAGUCAAAGGGCUUCAAGAACUAAGCCCUCUCAGCUCUGCUUAGGGAAGCAGCACCCACACCAAAACGGUUUUUCCAUCACUGCAUCAUAUAUAACUGUUAUUUAACUGGGUAUAACUGUUUCUCUCUUGACUUGUGUUCAAUAAAGAGCAUUACAAACCUGAA